AUGCCGCCCCGUGCCCACCACCGAGAAUCGGCGUCCGAGUCCGAAGCCAAAACAGGAACAACGUCUCGCGCGGCCAACAAGGCCCGGAACGCUGUGGCGCAGGCCGCCCAGCUCGAACUUCUUUCCAAACAUAUCCACUCGAACGGGCCCAACGACAAGCCCAAGGUGGAUCCGUUGGAUUUUGUGGCCUUGGACGACGAUGCGCUCACCAAGUACAGCAGCAAGUACGGGCUCAACUUGCCGCCGAUCGAGAGCAUCAACGAGAACAUCCUCCAGUCUGAGAUUGGCAAGAAAACCAGUCUGGCGAAGAAGUUGAAGGGCGCCCAUCGCAUCAGCAAGCCGGAGUAUGCCAGCGAGGUGCUGAAGCAUUUUGCGGCGGUGCCGUGCCGCGAGAACGAGAUGAUUGCCAACUUUUUGUACAAGGUGAAGAACGAGAAGAAGACGUUCAAGCUUACGUUUUGA